AUGGCACAUUCUUGUGUCUACAAGAUACCAAGUGCAACUAGCAAACACGAUACCUCAACAAGGUUAAUGGCUGUAAAUGGUGAGAGAUGCGAUCUUGGAAGAUAUCGUGGAUCACGUGAAGACACGUGGCACGGUGUCGAACGAGUUAUAGAUAUUCUCGUAUUUGAGAAUCUUAAGGAGUGA